UAGAGUGGAACCGGCGGACUGGGGGAAAGCAACAUCGGUCACAGCUAGUGGCCAAAUUGAGGCCAAUCAUGACCAUGGUCGGGGCUCCAGUUGGCAAGGGAAGAAUGGGCCGGAAGAAGGAAGAAUGACCGCUUGUUACCAUGUUCCUCUCUAGUGUCAUCUAGUUUGCCCUCUAAAUCCUCAACAAGAUGCCUCUGAAGGCUUGGCAUUACUUGGUUGAUUUUGUUAACCAGGCACAUGGUUGUCUGGAACGUGCUACUAAUCAAUCACCCUCAAUGUCAAUGCACAAGCGUUAUAUUUCCACACAGUAAAUCCUCACCCAAACCGUUUUACACCACAUGAAUGGACAUGGUAGGAAGGCAGAUCUACUGAAUGAUAUCCUGUAGCGGUAAUUGCGAGCGAGUAAUUUCUAACCCUGUACUGUCGCUCACUCUUUUCUCAUUGAUUGAGCGAGUGAUUGGCCUAUUAUCAUUAAGGACAUGGAUUUUAGGCGCAUAUGCGUAUGCAUCUCCUUAUGCACGCACGGACGUGACUCUCUGUAUGGGUGCAACAGGCACAAGUCAAGGAGGCUAUGCGUACCAACUAUCAUUUUGAAUCGUCGAGGAAGCCGAUACCUUGCUUAUUCGAUCACCACCUUCUUUUUUUUUAAAGUUCUGACACUGCAUCUCUACCCCUCUCUGGUAUACCCCGUUCGAAUGAACCGGGUGAUUCUUCCAAGUACUAUCCGUGUCCCACGACUGGGACGUCGGCAACUCCAUUGGAUAUCGCCUUAACCGAUGCUUUCAUUCGACGAUGUCUCUGCAUAUUUAGAGAAUUAUUCCAUUCCGAAGAUUCCGUCAGACGCGAAGAAUGAUCAUUCAACCAAUGAAAGUUGACUAAAAUGUCUCUUUAACAGCUCGAUGACUUUCCCGCAGUAGAUAUCCCUGUUAAGAAGUCAAUGGAUCCAUCUUAUUGAGCAUAGUUUCCGUGGAGUUCAUUGGUGUUGAUUCAUAGAUGCUAGUGCAGCCAAAAGAGACGGAGUAGCUCUUGCGAAGAGACCACCCAUACUACUACACGGUUAGUGCUAUGGAAGGUAGCUUAACGAUGAAGGCUUGACGGAAAUUACACUGAAUUAUCGAGAAAAAUAGGCUGUACAUAGUAGUCUUUUUAUUUUAUUUUUGGAUCGUUUUUCCUUUUGUUUCAUAAUCCAGGAACAUAUCCAUUUUUGCGCACGCUUUUUGAGUCGUGCCCCUCUUCUACCCCUCAGUGAUUUUCGCAUAGGUUCGGAUGUGACAUCUCGACUGAAGUUAAUCCUUACCCGCUCGUUCCGGAAGGUCACAAAGAUCAGUACAUCGUAAUGACCAAGUUAAUGUC